AUGAGAAGCGCUAACCUUGCAUCGAUCCCCCGGUGUUCCAUACUCUGGUUUACCUCCUGCCAAAUACCACAAUUCGGACUCCUGCCCUUUGCAGGCACUGUACGUGAAUGUCGUCCGUUAUGACUUUAUGCGGUGGUAAUUUUGAGCUGCAAUGGAGCUGUUUAAAAUUAUCUUCAACCGGCCAUGACAGCCUUGCUUUCAUGGCCUGUCCUUCCAUCGGCAGCUUCGUGCAUCUGAUGGAUUUGGACUCGACGUUCAAUCAAUUUUGCCGUCCUUCGUUCGAGUCCUGUUUGUUGUCAGGCGGGACGGCUCAGGUUACUUGUUGCCUGGCCUCGCCGUUGAUCAGCCUCAAGCGUCUUGCCACAUGUCCUACGUGCACAGCUUCGCAGAGCUCUGAUGGUUCAUGACCCGACGUACGGCCGGGUGCGCAAAAUCAGCAUCGUCAAUUGUCUUUUUGCGCUAGUCGUGUCGACAGUCAUUGUCUGGAAAGGAGUGGAGGAUAUCUCUUAUUUUACAUGUCCUACAUGCACAGCUUGCAGAGUUCUGAUGGUUCAUGACCCGGUGUAUACUCGCAUGUGCAAAAAAAGCAUCGUCAAACGUCUUAUGAAGCUGGGUUGUGUCGGCGAUGUUGGAUUUGUUCUAGAAAGGAGUGGGGGAAAUCUCGGCAGAAUUUAAGACGAACUUUGUGAGUCGUGCAGCUGGCAGACGCGGUCUUUGGCAUCAUGUAGCGAUGGCUUGUAAAAAGAUCUUCCAUUAGUAAUCACCCUAUCGUCUUGCACGUAGCUUUGUAAUACUAUCUGCCGCUUCAUUAGCCGAGUUGCAUCGAUCUGUGUUACGGUCGCGCUGCAUUUCGUUUAUCUGCCUAUGUAUCACUGUGAGGGAAGUGGCUGCACGGCAGCUUUUCCUUCAGUUGGCUCCCGGACUAGACACGAACGACGAUGCCUGUUUGUUGCGAAUUCCACAAAACGACUCAAUAACGAUGCUCGGACGCGAAUGCAGGAAAGAAAACGGGCGAGGAUCGAAGUGGGCCGAGCUAUGCCAAGGGUAAUAGUGCCUGCAGAAAUGCCACCCCCUGAGACAUAUGGUCCGCAGAGGGAUGAAUUCACCGAAUCACUACAGGCAUGGGAUGCAGAGCCUAGUGAGGAAGAGCGCCCUUCUCCACAGCCAAUCCUCUCAGCGGCAGGUCGUCCCGUUCGUCCACGUAUUCUCCCAAAGCGCUUCAGACAAUUAUCACCACCGAGAAAUAAUUUACGAAUCGACCCGGAAGACGAGGAUCCGGCGACGGUUGAAGCACUGGAUGAAGAAGAGGAAUCUCCAGGUCUCAAGUUCGAAAUUAUACGUACACAGCGUAACAAAUUCCGCAUCCAUAGGGUUAUUCGACGGCCUAAAAUUCUGUUGGACGACCGUCGGCACAAACAUCCUCCUGUAGAAGACCCCAAUGUCUAUGCACCGCUUCCAAACCGAAGCACUUACCUGCUAUUCCAUUGGUUUUGGUCCUCAUCACAUACCAAGUCAUUUGCGGACUUGCUUAGACUUCAAGAGAUAACACGAGACAGUCAAUGGCGGUGGGAGGACUUCGCAAAUGCCGAUUUACGUCCACUUAAUAGAGCGCUAGUCGAUGGUACGCUUGACGAUGAUCGAUGGGUGGAAACUUCGGUGCCGCUGUCAGUCCCUAUUGGACAUCUUCAUCCUGAUGUUCCCGGGGCGGUGACGUAUGAAGUAAAAGGUCUGCAUUACCGCCCAUUGACAAGCGUUAUACAAUCGGUAUUCCGCAGUUCCCAGUUAAGCGAAGGCUUUUGCUAUGAGCCGUAUGAGCUUCGGUAUACUCCGUUGAGUGCUGAUGAAGAUAUUGCGGUACACGGGGAGCUAUUUUGGUCGUCAUCGUUCCGGAACGCGCAUGAUGAGGUGCAGCGUGUACCCCAGGCUGAUGGUGAUUCAAUUCCUCACGCGGUGGCUGCAAUGCAACUGUGGUCGGAUAGUAUGUCGGCGACGAAGUUUGGGAGUGCUAAGUUAUGGCCCAUCUACCUGCAGUUCGGAAAUCAAUCAAAAUAUAGAAGGUCAUGCGCUAGAUCUGGCGCAAUCCAUUCGAUCGCAUUCAUUCCCUCGUUACCUAGUGAUUUCAAGGAAUUCGUGGAGCGUCAUGCAAGGGGAAAAAAAACAUCAGCAGAACUCGAACUGCAUUGUCGACGCGAAAUCAUGCAAGCCGUGUGGCUUACCUUACUGGACGAUGAAUUUAUUAAUGCCUGGAAAACCGGAAUUGUUGUUUUGUGCGGUGAUGGUGUCCUGCGUCGAUUGUUUCCUCGAAUAUUGACGUAUUCGGCGGAUUAUCCUGAGAAGGUUCUUUUGGCUACAAUGAAAUUUUUGGGUAGUUUCCCUUGUCCUCGUUGUCUUAUCCCAGCUAGUAAGAUAUUGUCGUCGCUGGGAAAGCCAAGGGAUAUGCGGUAUCGCAUCAAAUACCGGCGGACCGAUAAUCCUGACCGGCAGUACAGAGUCAAUAAAGCAAGAGAGCUAAUUUAUACGAGCCGGAAGCGGCUGACACACCCGAGAGUGAAGCUCCAUUUAGACCCUCAUUCGUUGACUCCAGUUGAGAAUGCAUUCUCGAAACGUCUGGGACCUCUAGGCUUUGAUUUCCAUGAUAUACUGGUAGUGGACAUCUUACACGAAUGGGAGGUAGGAGUUUGGAAGACAAUUUUCACUCAUCUGGUACGGAUUAUCAAUACCUUCAAGGACCGAGAUCGCCUUAAUGAAUUGAAUAAACGCGUUCGUGAAGUGCCGGCUUUUGGCUCUGAUAUAAGAAGUUAUAAGGGAAACAUUUCUGACAUGAAGCAGAUGACAGGCUAUAACUUCGAGGACCUUCUACAGUGUGCCCUGCCGGUUUUCGAUGGUCUGUUCCCGCAGCCGCAUGAAACGAUCAUCCGUAUUUUGAUAUAUCGGACUGUGAAUUUGCACGCACUGUGUAAGCUACGUCUUCAUACGGAUGAUACUAUAGCGGCUUUACACUCUGAAACGCGGCGAUUUGGUGAUGCACUACGAAAAUUCGCCAGCGAUACUUGCCCUGUAUUUGCCACCACGGAACUAGCCGCCGAGACGCGCAGGCGCGUGUCUCGCAUGGCAAAGAAGCGUGGUGGAAAUGAUACUCAGCAAACAAGAACGUCCGGCUCUGACGGGAUAAAUGCAAACGUGAAGAAGGCCUUUAAUGCCAACACAUCUAAAGUUCAUGCGGUGGGGCAUUACGCAAAGCAAAUAGUGGAAUAUGGGACCACUGAUUCCUAUAGCACAAAUAUUGGCGAGUCUGAGCACAAGAUGACCAAGGACAGCUAUGCUAGAACAAAUGGAGUCAAUCCCGAGCAACAAAUUACACGGAUUAACCAACGCCAAGCAAACCUCGCUCGCAUUUCGGGGCGAACAAUGAAUGAAAACGACCAUCCUGGAGUAGAAGAGGAGGAGGAGGAGGACGUAGAGUUGGCCCCCGGUGACGUCAGAUAUUCUAUCGGGCAGAGAGGAAUUCCAAUUAACCUUCCUCAGUAGGAACUUGAGUACCGAUUUGAUGCAGCAAUACAGGGCUUUAGGCAGAGCCUAUCCCAACAUUUACUGGCCCGAUUGAAAGGGAUGGAUGCCUCAGACGAUGAACUUGUCUUUACGCAACACGAACACAUGCAGAUUGUUAUCUUGGACAACAAAAUGUAUAGUCACAAGUGACUUGCCAUAAAUUAUACCUCAUACGACAUGCAACGCCAGCACGAAUCGAUUAGCCCAACAGGAGCCAAAUCUGAUAUUAUGGUUCGAGCAAGCGGAGGUACGGAUCGAGAAUCAAUGUACUGGUAUGCACGGGUCAUUGGCAUCUUCCACUUUGAUGUUUAUCUCCGUGGAGCGGAAGGAUCGUCUCCGAAACGUGUGGACAUAAUCUGGGUUCGAUGGUUUGGUAGGACGGUAGAGGGCAGAUUCAGAGACAAUGCUUGUAACCUCGAACGAGUCAGGUUCGUCACGCAGGAGGAUGGUUCUCCCCCGUUUGGCUUUUUAGAUCCCACCACAAUUGUGCGCGCUGUGCAUAUCAUUCCUGCAUUCUGUUAUGGCCAGACUAGAGAGCUCCUUGGAGCAUCUCGUCUUGCUCGUGUUAAAGAACCCGGUGCUGUUGAGGACUGGGAAUCCUUCUACAUUAAUAAGUGUGAUUACUUAGGAAUUGAUGGAGGCAAAGGCUUCACUCAGCUUCAGGUUUGCUGAUAGGGAUUUGUACAUGUUAUUUCGAGGCAACAGCAUAGGUCACAGUGGCUAUUUCAGUAAUACUGGAUCAUCUGCACAAGUAGACCUAUAUGCAAAGUUAGGUGUUGUCAGCAACAGCAUAGAGGGGACCCGAAGGCUCAGUGAGGGGACCCAGGUUACAACUAUCCUACACAACAGAAAUACAGAAUGUGAGCACUGGAACAUAGUCAGAACUUGCAGAAUGGGCAGAGAGAGAGAGUAAGACAAGAGUAGAGUAUAUAGAGUGAGCCUAAGAGUACAGGACUACCUAGAGUAGACAAGAUCAAGACUACAGGACUAGUCUGAUCUUGUACACCUAUAUAUACUAAACUAUACAAGAGUACUCAGGGAGUAUGAGC